AUGGAGGAAAAAAAUUAUGUCAUUACCUGCCGGGUCAAUGGGGCUGCUUUAGCUGCUUUAGAAAUUAAACUUUAUCGGUUAUUAAACCAUAUGACCGAUCACGUGAUAAAGUACGAUAAUUUAACUGUUAAUAAUUUUUAG